GGCGCCAAAGCCAUUCCCAACCACGCCGGCGACCUCCCUUUGCACGCGGAAGCAGCCCACUGCGAUCCGAAAAAACCAUGGCCGUCACCCGUCGGAGCGUUCCUCUCCGAGACGUUCCCAGACACCGUGGCGGCGACCAACCGUCGCGGCUUGACGGCUGCGGCUCUGUACGCGCGCAGUGACGACGUUGUCGACGAAGAUGAUGCCGUCGACGAACCACCUGUCGCGACGAAAUCCAAGGGCAAGAAGCAACCGCCCGUGCGUAACUUGGCGGAAGAGAAGAAGCUGGCGGAGAACGCGCAGAUCGCCCGCGCCGCGGCGAUUGCUCGGACGAAGAAGCGAUGGACGCGCCAGGUCCAGGAAGAGCCCGAAGAGACCGAAGCGACGGAAGAAGAGCAGGCGGCGGCGGCGCAGGUCGCGAUCGAGAACACGACGAGCCCAUUGACGAUGGCCAUCAUCGUGGCGGUCAUUGUCGGCUUCUUUGCCGUCCUGUACGCAGUGCUCGACGACAUGGCCAAGCCGGCCAAGUAG